AAGCUGGAAGUGAGCAGCGCCUUUUGUGCCCAGGGUUUGCAGAGCCUUUAAAUCAGCACAGGCUUCCCAGUAAGGGCAGGUCCCUCAGGCAGGUCAAGUCCCAGCCUGAGCUUUGAACUCUCCCUCUGUGCUGGUGGCUGAUAAAGCAGCUCCUGGGAGCACCCAGUGCAGUUAGUGACUGCCAGGCAGGUGCCCGGACAGGGAGGAAGGAAACCCAGCCUGAUGGACCUCCAGAGCUGCAGUGUGGACAACGCUCCAGGAGAGCCCAAUGACCACUGCCUGGCCAACCCAGCUGUGCCAUCUGGAAAAGCCAAGAAGAGCAAAAAGAAGGUUUUGGAGCAGAAGAAAUGGCAGAGCCUGGAAGAGACUAGGAGCGAAGUCUUGCAGCCAGGGAAACACGCCUUGCUCGCCAGAUCAAAGACCUAUGACCCGUCCUACUCCAAAGAGCCUGAAAAGGACUUGGUCUUGGGAAAGCAAAAGAAUUCCUCUUCUUCGCUGGUCAAGCGCAUGGUGAGCUUCCACAAGGCCUUCAAGGACAUCCCCGAGGAGGAGGCCCUGCUUGACAGUUUUUCAUGUGCCUGGCAGAAGGAAGUGCCCUACCAUGGCCGCCUCUACGUGUCGCAAAACUACAUCUGCUUCCACUGCAGCAUGCUGCUCAAGGACGUCAAGGUGGUGAUUCCUGUCUCAUCCAUCACCAUCUUCAAGAAGGCCAACACUGCGCUCCUGGUGCCCAACGCGCUCAGCAUCCGGACGGUGGAAGGCGAGAAGUUUCUCUUCGUGUCGCUGCGCACCCGGGAAGCCACCUACCAGCUGCUGAGAUCAGUCUGCAAACACCUGCAGGACGAGAGCAGGAACAGCAGCCCCACAGCCACACCAACCAUCGCCAGCCCCGAGCACCUCCUCAAGAAGCCUCUGACCUCAAGCCAGUCAGACCUGGAACACAACCCGCAGGAGACUGACAGCCUCCUGGACACGCCAGAUGGGCCCAGGCCAAAGCAGAACAGGAUGAAGGAGGAUGUGGGCAAGCACUCAGUGGCUCUGAGCAAAGGGGGCAUCCAGGUCAUUGGGCAGACCAAGGUGACGACGAGUAGCUGGUGGUCGCAGCUGAGCACUCUCAAUGUGGUUAUCCUCAUCUACCUGCUGCUGGUGGUCAUCCUGCUGCUGUCCUCGGGGUACAUCGGCCUGAGGAUCGUGGAGCUGGAGCAGCAGCUGACGUCAAUGGGGGCCUGGCCAGAGCUGAACCUGGAGCACCAAUACAAGAAGACUUGAAGUCAGCAAAGAAUCCGGCCCCUGGAGGACCUUGCUUUCUGCUGGACAGAAGCCACCGCUGACCCA